CAUUGAUGCGGAAGGGACCGGCAGACGACACGACAAGUUAUGUUUAUUUUUUCUAAUCCUUACCUCAUGAUCUUGAAGAGUUCAUCGUCCAAGGACCUCUUCUUUUGAGAAGAACACGAAAAGAUAGUCAGUUUGUCGCUGAAAAGUCUUUCAACAUUGAAUUUCAUCAUGGAGUUUUUUGCCAUAAUUGGGCUUAUUUACAUUCUGUAUCUUUUUGUGUAUUUGGUGGUUUUGACGGUCGCGGACUGUGACCUACAACUGGCAUGGAUGGAAAGAUUUGGUCAUUCCAUAGAUCAAUUGAAAGGAAAAGUGGUGUGGAUAACUGGAGCGUCUAGUGGUAUCGGUAAAGCUGUAGCUAUUAACCUUGCUCAGCAUGGAUGCAAGCUUGUACUAUCCGCUCGCAACCGAGAUGAAUUGCUGCGUGUGCGAGAAAUCUGCCUUGAAAGAGGGAAAAGUGUUGGUUUGGAUGCUGGAGAUGUUCUGGUUUUAAAAAUGGAUAUGCUAGAAUAUUCUAAACAGCAAGAAUGCUUUGAUAAAGUACUUGAUCAUUUCGGGAAGUUGGACAUCCUUCUAAAUAAUGCUGGUCGAUCACAAAGAGCUUCUUGGGAAACAAUUGAAACUGCUGUAGAUCGUCAGGUUUUUGAAAUAAAUGUGUUUUCUGUGAUUUCUCUAAGUCGCAUUGCACUCCAAUACUUCCUGAAGCAAGGUUCCGGUCAUUUAGCAGUUACUUCAAGUAUUGCCGGUGUGCUUGGUGUGCCGUUUUCAGGGUCAUACACUGGCAGCAAACAUGCCGUUCAUGGAUUUUAUGAAAGCUUGCGUCUUGAAAAGAUGUCCAAUCCAAAUAUUCGCAUCAGUCUGCUGUGUCCAGGACCUGUCUUCACUAAUUUUCUUGCUGAGAGCUUCACCAAUAAAGACGGAGAGAGAUUUGGGCAGAGCACCUCACCAACUGACAAUCGUAUGACAGCAGAAAGAUGUGCCCAUUUGUUCGGUGUUGCUUUGGCUAAUAAUUUGGAUGAAGCCUGGAUGGCCCCCUUCCCCAUAGUUCCAAUGGCAUAUCUCUUCAAUUAUUUUCCAAAUAUAGCCCGUGGAGUUGCAUAUUUGAUGGGUAUCAAUAAAUUCCAGAAGUUGAGGGACAGUAGAGACACAGUGAAUCAAGAGUCGUCUGCCUCAGUGCCUGAAGUGGUGGAAGGAAGAGGAGAAAAAGAUGACUAGGACUUUCAGAGAAGUGAUCCAUAAUAGGCUAUGCAAAAAGUCCCUGACUUUUCUUCCUUCAAUAUAAAACAGAUGAAUUUAUGUUUUCAUAACACUUUUGGGAAGUGGAAAUGUGAUUGGCAAACAUUCAAUAAAAGAGAAAAUUUUACUUAGCAAA